AUGACCGAAACAAAUAGAAUUUGUCCGGUCCUAAAACACCCGGACCAAUACACGCCGGACACUCAAGAUUUACUAAUAAACAAAGUGGCCAGGGACUAUUGGCUGUCCACUCUAGAAAGGACAGUCGCCAGGUUCGUGGACAGAGCGGGAGCCCUGAAUCCGGACAACCCCAAGGCCACCGAGCACGCCAACUUGUGCUUGGAACAGUUUCACAGUUUGGUGGAAAAAAGCCGGAUCGAUCCCAGAAUCCUGAAUCCGUUAAGCGUGCGCACGCUGCUCGAUUUCCACGAAGAAAAUCUGCGCGUCCACUUUAUCGAUGCGUGGAAACUACAAAAAGAGACUGAAACCACCCAAGCCCUAAUGACAUUUGGUCAUCGAAUAAAAGAAAUCGACUCAAUAGCUGAUUUCGAUAAAAAAUGGCUGGAAAUUGUUAAAGGUUUACUAGCCGGAAAUGUAUUUGAUUGGGGCUCGCAGCUAUUUUCGGAAAUUCUAGAAACUUCGCCUGCUUUUGGGUUGGACCACGCCCUACAGCGCAUUGAAAGUAGGCCAUGGUUCAUUGAUGACGUCGACUUAUGGAUCCGCCGGUUGGCUUUCGCCAGGUUUAAAAGCGCUGUUGUCUUUGUUGACAACGCAGGCGUCGAUUUUGUUUUAGGUAUCCUGCCAUUUGUCAGAGAGCUGCUGUCAAUGGGCACUCGCGUCAUCGUAACUGCCAACUCGUAUCCGUCACUCAACGAUGUGACAUUUGACGAGUUGAAUUUGUAUUGUUGCAAGGCGGCGCAACAGUGUCAUAUUUUGAAGGAGGCCAUUGCAACGGGGCAAUUGCUCACUGCUGCCAACGGACAAAAAGGACCUUGUUUGGAUCUUAAAAAUAUACCUGCAGAACUAUGCGAUUUGAUGGCAGAAUCAGACCUGAUAGUACUAGAAGGCAUGGGCCGUUCCGUUCACACCAAUCUGCAUACGGAAUUUCUAGUGGAUUGUCUCAAAACGGCCGUUAUCAAAAACGAUUUUUUGGCCAAAAGUUUGGGCGCCAGCAGUCAAUUUAGUGUAGUUUUUAAAUAUGAACCUUCGUCGACGUAG